CUCCUAGGAAGUCGCUGACCACUAGGCAGCCGCGGCGGCCAGUGCCCGGCGCCCCGACCCGAGGGGCUUGGAAUCGCGGGGAGGUGGCUUCAGCCCCGGAGGGAGCGGGGAGGGGGCGCCGCGCUCGUCGGCGGCCACAUGAGUCGGGAGGCCAUGCCCCAGCCCGGAGCGUGGCGGGGCGCUGGCGGGGCCGAGAAGCCGACGCUGGAGGCGGGAGCCGCCUCUCCGGGCCCCCCGAGAGCCGCGAGGGCCGCGGCCGAGCACGAGGAGGACAUGUAUCGGGCCGCCGAUGAAAUAGAGAAGGACAAAGAAUUGCUUAUGCAGGAAAGAGGGUCAUCAGGAGAGCCCCGACUCAGCGUGGCCCCCGAGAUGGAGAUCAUGGACUACUGCCGGAGGGAGUGGCGAGGCAACACGCAGCAGGCGGCACGUAUGCGCAAGGGCUAUGAGGAGGUGUCCCAGAAGUUCACCUCCAUCCGGAGAGUCCGCGGCGACAACUACUGCGCGCUGAGAGCCACGCUGUUCCAGGCCAUGAGCCAGGCCACAGCGUCCCCUGCUUGGCUUCAGGACCCUGAGCUCACGCGGUUACCAGAGAAGCUCAUUAGCAAGCACAGCUGGAUCAAGCAGUGGAAGCUCGGGCUGCAGCUGGAGGAGAAGGGCGAGGAUCUGGUUGAGAACAUCAAGGAGUCCCUGGCUCUGCUGCGGAGGAAGUGGGCCGCCUUGGCCGACCUGGGGACUGCGGAGGCCAGGCAGCUAGCCUGCGACGAGCUGUUCGCCAGCGCGGACGAGGAGUACCUCCUCUACGAGGCCAUCAAGUUCCUCAUGCUGAGCAGGGCCAUCGAGCUCUACGACGACCGGGAGCAGGGCAAGGAUGUGCCCUUCUUCUCUGUGCUCCUGUUUGCUCGGGACACGUCCAGAGACCCCGCGCAGCUGCUGCGGAAUCACCUCAACCAAGUGGGGCACACGGGCGGCCUGGAACAGGUGGAGAUGCUCCUGCUGGCCCACGCCAUGCGCCACACCAUCUGUGCCUACCGCCUGUCCAAGCACGGCACGGAGGAGUUCCUCACCGUCUUCCCCACCGACCCACCCCGAGACUGGCCCGUGGUGACGCUCAUCGCCGAGGACGACCGGCACUACAACAUCCCCGUCCGGCUGUGCCAGGAGACCAGCCUGUGAGCCUGUGGGCAGGGGCUCCCCCACGGGCUUGGGUCUGAGAGUCCAGCCCUUGAGAGCCCUCAGGCCGCAGAACCAUGUGGGACUGGCCUAUUCCAGCACCCUGGCUCCCAAGAGGAGCCAUCAGGGCACACCCACCACGCCCCCACCUGGUCUCCAGGGAGGUGCGUUUCAGCAAGGAGUUUAUGCCAGGCGUCUUGGCUCAAAGGCCUGUCUGCUCACUGCUGGUCACAGCGGUUUGGUCUGGUCUCCGUGCCCCACCCCUGCGGUCCCUUCCGUGGUGUGGUCCCCCUGCUGGGUGUGUGAGUGGCAUCUCAUCACAGCAGCUGCUGAAGCACCCAGGGCCCUCCCUCCCGGUGGUGGGGUGGCUUUGCAAGUCACCGACACUCUUCUGAGCAGACUAAUCGAGGACUCAGCGUCAGGUUUGUGGCUCGGCUCCUGAACGCCAGAUGGACAGACCGGGGGUGCCCGGGCACCAGGCUUCAGGACACCCCAUAUGGUGCUCACUGGCAGUGGGGUGUCAGGCCUCUGCCUCAGUCUCCCAUUCUGGAGUUAGAACACAACCCAGCCCCACCUGUUUUCAGGGGGGUGGGCAGGCCACCACCGGGGGCCUCAAGAGCCAUCGCCCAAGUCCAGGCUGAAGGAGCUGGACUCUGGCCUCCCAGGCUGCUUCCAUGCAGGGUUCCCAUCCCGCAGCCUCCUCUGCUGGGCUGGGGGUGGAGGGGGGGGGAGUGGCCGCAGAGGGCCUCAGGCUCUGCCCGAGAAUCUGCCAACAAAAACUUGAGCUAAAACAGAGCAGAGAAGCGGCCGCGGCUGCUGCUGGUCUGUUUGGGGAGGUGACCUCCCUGGCCGGGUGACUGGGGUCUGACUGGGGGGCCCGGCCUGUCUGAACUGUCCCCAGGGUACGGACUGUGGACACUGUCACUGCAUCAGGAGCCCAGCUUUGGAGGGCCAGGCCAGCAGCUUUAUUUGGUACGGAUUAAAAUCUUUUCUCUGGUCCAAU